CACGCUCUCGGUGUCAGCCAAUCGACGGGGAGCUCUCUGGCGGGCGGGGGAACCCAUGGAGUGCCUCCCACAGCCACUGGAGUUAUUGCUCAAUCUUCUGCAAUUGCUUCCGACACUCAGACCACGACCCACACUGUGGCAGGCACCGUUUCCAGCAACGGUCACACAGUUACCUCUACUGUAGGUGAUGCCAUCAAGGCUGAAGCAAAUGCACUGCGCGCGAAGAGUGAGUGCCAGAGGAAAAACGGCGGCAAGCCUUGCAAGCACUGACACGUGACCGGAGCCAACCGCGGCAGCAGCUGAGACGCCCCAGUGACGUCACUCCUGGUCAGCUGGCGGCGUGCGACCUGAGCCGACGCUGCCAGCGGCGUGAAGACCUGAGUCACGCGAUCUUCGGCUGGCUGCUGUAUGACGGUCACGUGACCAAGGGAAGAGGUGUGGGUCCGUUUGGAGACACUCUGUCCCCACUCCCACCUCACUCCCACCUCACUCCCACCUCCCAAUUCCCGUCUCGGCCUUUUCAAUGCUUGUCCUGGACCACCGAAACCAGCGCUAACACAUAAUGGGAACUGCAGAUAUCUCUUCGUCUUUGGGGACACCUGGUUUCCGCCCUUUUCCCUUCAAUGCAGUUUGUAGAGCUCCGAUUAUGCAGGUGAUCCUAGCGAGGCGUCGCUACGUUGAUUAUCUCGGCCGAUUCUGCAGCCAAAAUACACUUAACCCUUGAAACCAAGUGUCAUCUGUGAUGGGAAAUUUGCGUUGCAGCCUACAAAGACAUUUGUCUGGCAAAAGUUGAUAUGAGGGCGCGGAGCGCUGCAUGGCUCCACUAUAGCAGAACACGGUAGCGACAACUCAGAAAAUGCUGAUUCAAUGCACAGCUAAUGUGGGUAAGUGGAUAAUGAUAAUGUACCUUAAUGCGCUGGCGGAGCAGCCCACACAUAUUUAUAAAAAAGUGCAGCCAGGUCUUUCGUCAUUGUGCCUAUUGGAUAUAAAUCCGCCUCCAACGAUUUCUUCUCCAAAUAAUUUACCUUAUUUUGAACAAAAACCAUUAAAUGCGUGCUGGCUUUCUAAUACGCGACCUUCCGGGAUAACAACUCCUAGUCUGUUCUUUUGAAUAAUAGCAUUCGAACUGUGGUGCGCAAAAUGACCUUUGCAGUCGACGCGCCCGAAAACACCAAUGAACGAACGAACCUUCGAACUGUCU